UGAAACUUGAAGACGGGAGUCAGAGGUCGAGAAAAGGGCGCUGCAUUUUGCCAUGCCUUCAAGUUCACGGUUUUCCUGAUGCAACAGUGCAGGUCGCCCCUUCUGUAUCUAGUUUUAGUCCAGCGCACGCAUUCAUCUGAUGGCGGAGAGCUGGAAGAUGGCGCACGACAAUAGCACCUCUUCUCAGCACCACGAUUCGCCCCUUGUUUUUGCCUAUUAUGUCACAGGCCAUGGGUUGGGUCAUGCGACACGCGUUGUGGAGGUGACGCGGCAUCUCAUCGAUGCGGGCCAUGUUGUGCACGUUGUUACGGCUGCGCCUGAGAAUGUGUUCUUCAGAGAGAUACAGUCUGCCAAUUUGCACGUCAGGAAGGUGUUGCUGGACACCGGCGCAGUGCAAUCUGAUGCUCUCACCGUCAACAGAAUUGCUUCUUUGGAACAAUACAUGAAGACGGCUGUCCUUCCCCGCGAGUCCUUACUCAAAGACGAAGCGGCAUGGCUCAAGUCAGUGGGCGCCAACCUGGUGGUGUCUGACGUGGUCCCGAUUGCGUGCGCUGCCGCGUCUGCUGCGGGCAUUCCCUCCAUGUGCGUGUCCAACUUCUCGUGGGACUACAUCUUCGCGGAGUACGUCAUCGUGGCCGGGGCCCACCACCGCUCCCUCCUCUGGCAGAUUGCGGACGACUACUCUCAAGCCCUGGGCCUCCUGCGCCUCCCUGGCUACUGCCCCAUGCCCGCUUUCCGCAACGUUCUGGAUGUCCCACUGGUGGUGCGACCCGUCCGCCGCAGCCGCCAGCAGGUGCGCGCGGAGCUGGGGGUCAGCGAGGAUACCAAGCUGCUGCUCUUCAACUUCGGGGGGCAGGACGCCAGCUGGCAGCUGCAGGCCAGCUUCCUCCCUCCCGGCUGGAAGUGUCUGGUGUGCACCGCGCUGCCGGUGCCGGCGCUGCCCCCCAACUUCCUGCGCCCGCACCACGACGCCUACACCCCGGACCUCAUCAACGCCUGCGACUGCAUGCUGGGCAAGAUCGGGUACGGCACCGCGAGCGAGGCGCUGGCCAUGAAGAAGCCGUUUGUGUUUGUGCGCCGUGACUACUUCAGCGAGGAGCCCUUCCUGCGCAAGAUGCUCGAGAUUCAUCGCUGCGCAGUGGAGAUGAAGCGGCAGGACUUCUUCGAGGGCCGCUGGCAGUCGUACCUGGACCGUGCCGCCGUCAUCCACCCCAACUACUCGGGCCGGCUGGACGGAGGCAAGGUGGCGGCUCGCCUGCUGCAGGACGCCGCGCUGGGCCGCCUGGACACCCGCCACCGUCAGGGCGACGGCGUGGGCCGGCUGCGCGACGCGAUCGUGCUGGGGUACCAGCUGCACCGCAUGCCGGGCCGCCUGGACAUCGACGUGCCCGAGUGGUACCACGCCUGGGCCAGCGAGGCCGCCUCCCCCGCGCCGUCCCCCCUCCACGGCAGCCCCCUCCCCGAGCUGCGCCUGCUCGACACGCAGCCCGCGCGCAUGGCCGACCAGCUCACCGACAGCGCGCUGGCGUCCUUCACCCUCCUCCACGGCGACCUGUCGGGGCGGCCCGACACGGCGGCGUUCCUGGUGACCCUGGCGCGGCUGCAGCAGGAGGGCGACCUGGCGGCCUCAGACAGCGCGGCGCAGCCGACGGAGCGCGAGAAGCUGGCGGCGGGCACGCUGUUCCGGUGGGAGGACGAGCUGGUGGUGGCGCGCGCGCCGGGGCGGCUGGACGUGAUGGGCGGCAUCGCGGACUACUCGGGCAGCCUCGUGCUGCAGAUGCCCAUCAAGGAGGCCGCGCACGUCGCGCUGCAGAGGAGCGACCCCGCCAAGGCGGUGCUGUGGAAACACACCAUUGCGCGGCAGAAGGCCAAGGGGCGGUACCCGCAGGCGGCGCUGCACGUCGUGUCGUUUGGCGCGGACAAGACCAACCGCUCGCCCACGUUCGACCUGGACCUGGCGGACCUGCUGGACCCCGCCACGGGGCAGCCCCUCGAGUACGCCGCGGCGCGCGCGCUGUUUGAGCGCGACCCCAGCCAGCGGUGGGCGGCGUAUGUGGCCGGGACGGUGCUGGUCCUCAUGCGCGAGAAGGGCCUGCGCUGCGGCGACAGCCUGGCCAUCCUGGUGCAGUCGGCGGUGCCCGAGGGCAAGGGCGUCUCCUCCUCCGCGGCCGUCGAGGUGGCGACCAUGACAGCAGUGGCUGCGGCGUUCGACCUGUCGAUCCCGCCCGCGGAGCUGGCUGCGCUGUGCCAGCUGGUGGAGAACGCGGUGUGCGGCAGCCCGUGCGGCAUCAUGGACCAGAUGGCCUCCUGCUGCGGCCACGCCGGGAAGCUCCUCGCGCUCGUGUGCCAGCCCGCGCGCGUGCUGGGCCACGUGGACAUCCCGCCGCACAUCGCGCUGUGGGGCGUCGACUCGGGCAUCCGCCACGCCGUGACCGGCGCCGACUAUGGCUCAGUGCGCGUGGGGGCCUUCAUGGGCAAGCGCCUGAUACAGGAGGCCGCGCACGGAGAGGCCGCGGGGGUGGCCACGCGCGAUACCGGGGACGCGGACGGCGACGACGGGCUAGCCAGCGCGGCGCACGGGGACGCGCAGCUGGAGUACCUGGUCAACGUGCCGCCGCACAGGUACGAAGCGCUGUACGCCCCGCUGCUAUCGGAGGAGAUGACGGGGCACGAGUUUGUGGCACGCUACGGCAGCCACCACGACCCGGUGACCAGCAUCGCGGCGGACAAGACGUACCCGGUGCGCGCGCCCACAGCGCACCCGAUCUACGAGCACUUCCGCGUCGCCGCCUUCUCGGAGCUGAUGCGCGCCCCGCCCAGCGCCGCGCAGCUGCGCAUGCUGGGGGAGCUCAUGUUCCAGUCCCACACGAGCUACGGGCGGUGCGGGCUGGGCAGCGACGGCACGGACCGCCUGGUGGGCCUGGUGCAGGGCCUGGCCGGGGACAGCAGCGGCGCCACGCCCGCGGCGGGGCUGUACGGGGCCAAGAUCACGGGGGGGGGCAGCGGCGGGACGGUCUGCGUGCUGGGGGCCGCAGGCGAGCAGAGCAAGGCGCAGAUCAAGCAGCUGAAGCAGCGGUACAAGCGCGCCACCGGCCACAGCCCGUACAUCUUCGAAGGCUCCUCCCCCGGUGCGGCGCAGUUCGGCCACCUGCGCAUCCGCCGGCGCCCCGAGCAGGCCCCGCCCAGCAAGGCAGGGGAAGCAGCGCAGCGGUAAAGAGAAUGUGUACCAGGGUGAGCAUAGGACCCGCUGGUGCCAUGUUGCGCACUCUGAUAGGGCAUGCCCGUGUACGUCUUCAUCAACAGGGUGCAAAGCGCAAGGUGAGGUAUACAUACAAACAAGUGGCAGGAAGAAUCGGAUGGUGGUGAUUGAUCAGCGGAAAUUCAGCAUCUACUGGGUCUACUUAAAACGCGGUGGCUAUCAAGCCUUCAGCUUGCGACUGUGGUAUCCUCAGCGCUUGCAAUACUCAGGCUCGCUGCUGCAUUUAAAAUCAGCCUCCCAAGGGGGCUGGAUCGCAAGGUGGUGCCAUUGAUUCAGUUCCGUGGGUCCAGCCGGCUGGCACCUACUUCAACUAAAGCAGAACUAAGAUGGCGGCAGCAACAGGAACCUGAUUUUACUAAAUCAAUUACCAUGAUACGCUUGAGGACUUGGAUCGCCGCCAUGCCAUAUACAUGCAUCACCUUAUAGAGCUCAAACUGAGGCAUGGGACGUAAUGGAGCA